CCGGCUUCGGCGUCCGGGCACCUUCUGUAGCCUCGAUUCCGUGCGAUUCAGCGUUUGCCGGUCGCCGGAAACCCUUCGCCGACGGCGAGCAAAUCCAGCGGUGACGGGGGUCCUCGCUUCUCCUCUCCUCUCCUCGUGCGCCCUGUAAACCCCAAACCAGGGUUGAGAGAGAAAAUUGGUGGUUUGAUUACAUUAGCUGAAAAGAAAUUUGAACGAUGAGUGAGCUUGCGAACAAGUUCUCCAUUCUUCGCCUAGACGGUGAAGUUGAUGGAGCAGGUGAUACAGCAGAAGCACCGAUCCAAGCAUCUUCCAGCAUCAAAGAAGCUGUUGCUGGUAAACCUGAUAAAAAUGUGCUGAGUGACACAAUAGUAGUAAAUUACGAUGAAGGAUCUAUUGCAUCAUCAUCUGGUGAUUAUCAUAUGCCUUUGGUGUGGAUUGACUUGGAAAUGACUGGUUUGGAUGCUUCAAAAGAUCGGAUAUUGGAGAUAGCUUGCAUCAUAACGGACGGUAAACUUACAAAACAAAUAGAGGGCCCUGAUUUGGUUAUAAAUCAGCAGAAGAAUCUGUUAGAUAACAUGGAUGAAUGGUGCAGAACUCAUCAUUCAGCUAGUGGAUUGACAGAGAGAGUCCUACAGAGUACGAUUUCAGAGCAUGAUGCAGAGACACAAGUGUUAGAUUUUGUUAGGAAGCAUGUUGGUUCAGCUCCUCCAUUAAUAGCUGGGAAUUCUGUUUAUGUGGAUUUACUAUUUUUGAAGAAGUACAUGCCACAGCUUGCAUCCAUCUUCUCUCAUGUUAUUGUUGAUGUGAGCAGUAUAAUGGCUUUGUGCAUCAGAUGGUACCCUAAAGAAAGAAAGCAAACUCCUCGAAAAGAGAAAAACCAUAGGGCAAUGGAUGAUAUCAAAGAAAGCAUAGCUGAACUGAAAUACUACAAGGACAACAUUUUCAAACCUCAGAAAUCUAAGCGGUAGCCACAUGGAUGGAGCAUGGUGGGGGAUCUUCAUGGUGAACAUCAAAUCGAUUCACGAACUUAGGCAGGAUUGGAAAUGGGUUUUCAUAUCAAUAUAUUUGCAAGCCUCACUUUGAUCUCAUAUUAAAAAAUCCAUUGGUUAGUGUCUGGAUGUAAGUAUGAGCAUGUUAUAUUCUGAACCCUGGAUCUAUAUGAGCACGUUAUAUCCAUGUUCUGUUGGGUCAGGUGCGGAUUACAGAGAUGCCUUUGCAUAAGUGUAACUUGGUGCUCAUUAGUUUACGUGGAUCCAUAUAUACUAGUAUUACACUACACCCUCACCAAAUACUCCAUCAUGUACUAUAAUAUUAAUAGCAUAAGAUAGUCCUGUUAUAUAUUGGUUUUAAUUUAUUCAAUCUCUCAGAUAAGUUUAUUGUACAAAUAUCUAUAAGGGUUGCAUGCACAUAAUUCGUAUU